GGAGCGAGGUCUGUGAGGACCUGAGGCUGGGACCCGCUGCCCCUGCAGCCACUCCUCUGGCGCUGCUCGAUGAAAGUGGGGAGGAUGAAGUUUUUGUGAAGGACAAGAAUAACCGUGGCAAGGAGGAGACGGCUGUACUAGCGAGAGGCCAGGGCAGGAUGAUGGAGGAGGGGGAAGCAGCCACGGGAGGAUAUGAAGAUGUUCUUGGGCAGAGGCACUCCGAUGUCUCCACUGAUCUGUACAGCUCACAGUUCGAAAACAUCCUAGACAAUGCAUCUUUAUACUACAGCGCAGAGUCGCUGGAGACGUUGUACUCGGAGCCCGAUAGCUACUUCAGCUUUGAGAUGCCACUCACUCCCAUGAUCCAGCAGCGCAUGAAGGAGGGCGGCCAGUUUUUAGAUCGGACAUCAGCCUCGGGGCAGCCAGAUGUCCUGCAGCUUCCCCCUGACGGGGAGGUGAAGGGCUGUGGUGAAGGCAUCGCCAAUGGCUUAAGGGAUGUAAGUGAAACACUCUUCAGAGGAGAUGUCACUGAAGUCCCUCGUUUGGAAAGCAAUGCUGAACUGCAGAAUAUGGUGUUAGACUCCAGUGCUGCCAUGGGGAGCAAUGAACUUCAGGAGAAAGAUGCCACCGGAGCCCUUGGCCACGAUCUCAGCAAUGGCAGCAGCCACAAUUUGGAAGCAGCCAGGCGCCUGGCUAAGCGCCUCUACCAUCUGGACAGAUUCAAACGCUCUGAUGUGGCAAAGCAUUUGGGUAAAAACAACGAAUUCAGCAAGCUUGUGGCCGAAGAAUACCUUAAGUUUUUUGACUUCACAGGCAUGACGCUGGACUACUCGCUCAGGAGUUUCUUUAAAGCUUUUUCACUUAUUGGAGAAACUCAGGAACGAGAGAGAGUUUUAAUCCAUUUCUCCAGCAGAUACUACCAGUGCAACCCAAACACCAUUUCUUCUCAAGAUGGAGUUCAUUGUCUCACGUGUGCCAUGAUGCUGCUGAACACAGACCUACAUGGCCACAACAUUGGGAAAAAGAUGACCUGCCAAGAGUUCAUUGCUAACCUCCAGGGGAUGAACGAUGGCAAAGACUUCCCAAAAGGGCUGUUGAAGGCCCUCUACAAUUCAAUCAAGAAUGAGAAGCUGGAGUGGGCAGUGGAUGAAGAAGAGAAAAAAAAGUCUCACUCAGAUGGUACAGAUGAAAAGGAUAAUGGGAGCCAGACGAAGACCGUCAGUCGAAUUGGAAACUCAAAUAACCCGUUCCUGGACAUCCCUCAUGACCCCAAUGCUGCUGUGUAUAAAACUGGAUUUCUGGCUCGGAAAAGCCAUGCGGAUAUGGACGGAAAGAAAACUCCCCGGGGAAAGAGAGGCUGGAAAACCUUUUAUGCUGUGCUGAAGGGAACGGUCCUGUACUUGCAGAAGGAUGAAUAUAAGCCGGAAAAGGCUUUGUCAGAGGAGGAUCUGAAGAAUGCAGUUAGUGUGCAUCAUGCGCUGGCAUCCAAGGCAACAGACUAUGAGAAGAAACCCAAUGUCCUCAAGCUUAAAACAGCAGAUUGGAGGGUCCUGCUUUUCCAAGCCCAGAGCCAAGAAGAAAUGCAGACCUGGAUCAACAAGAUUAACUGUGUGGCUGCCGUCUUCUCUGCACCGCCAUUUCCAGCGGCAAUUGGCUCUCAGAAGAAGUUCAGUCGCCCACUCCUGCCAGCCACCACAACAAAGCUAUCUCAGGAUGAACAGCUGAAGUCCCAUGAAGCUAAGCUGAAGCAGAUCUCCACUGAGCUUGCUGAACAUCGCUCCUAUCCUCCUGACAAGAAGCUCAAAGGCAAGGAAGUAGAUGAUUAUAAACUGAAGGACCACUAUCUGGAGUUUGAGAAAAAUCGCUAUGAGAUUUACGUUGGCCUCCUGAAAGAAGGGGUGAAGGAGCUGCUGAGUGGAGGAGAGAAUGAUGCGCCAGGACUGAAGAAAUCCCACUCGAGUCCCUCACUGAAUCAGGAGUCUCCAGUUAGUGCCAAGGUGAAGCGCAAUGUCUCGGAGAGGAAGGACUACAGGCCAGAAACACCCAGCAUUAAGCAGAAGGUCACUUAGGGUGGAAAUGACAACUAGGGGAACAGCCAUGCAGCAAAGUACCGGUGGUCAAAAUUUUUUCAUUUAAUAACCUGUCAUUCACAAAAAAUAAGUGCAUCUGCCUGAAUGGGGUGUUAGUGACAUUUUCUAUUGUAUAUUUUGCUGUUUCUGUGCAGAUUGUGGGAGAUGUCUUUGCUCCUGCUUUGCUUUGCUUUGUUAAUUUAUCAUUUAGCAAUUGAAGCAUCAGGACUUUUUUGUGUUGUUCUGUUUCUAAAG